AUGGAAGAUUGUUUAAUAGGUAUGUAGAUAGGUUAAUUAUUAAAUCCUAUUGAAGUGUUACUCUUUUUGGAGUUAUUGUUAAUUUAUAAUCAUAGGCUCUCAACAAGAAGACGAUGACAAAAUGUUCUCUUCCCAGUACUCAAUACAACGUGAAAUUUCUGAAAUAUCACUGAUACCGACGAGCAAUCAAAAUAUUGAAUCAUGUGACCAUGCCAAUUCAUAUUUUUCGAAUGAAUCAUUGAUAACUGAAUCGACUGGUAGUGAAUUUAAUUUAAAUGAAACAGUAAACAAAGGGGAAGUUACAGGUAAUAAUAAAAUAAAAUAUCUAAAGUUUUAAGGUAGUUUAAAUGUUUAACAGUCAUGUAAUUUUAUCAUGUUUUGUUGUUAUUAAUUUAAAACGUUGUAGACUAAACAUUAAAACUAUAAUAUUACAAAAAUCAAACUGGUUAAUUUUUAAUGUCUGUAAUCGGGAUAUUAUUAUAAUAGUAUUUAUUGUAAAUUAAUUCACGCUAUUAUUUAUUAGGAAAGAGCAGAAAGGUUAAUUAGCCUCUUGGAUUUUGUUUACUUAUAUAGCUAUAUAUAUCCUUAGUUCAAUUUACCAUAAUAGUAAGGUUUAUAGAUUACAAUUAGGUACUAAUUAAAUUAUAUAGUAGGUAACUCUUUUAUAAUAAAUAUAUUAUAUGAAAAUUAAAUAUCAUUGUUAUCUAUAUUAAAAUUAUACCUAAAAAAAAUCAAGUUUUUAAAUUAAAUUGUAUAUUUACAAUAAAUAUAGAUAUAAAUUAUUUUCAAUUUUAGGAUGUCAACAGAAGUAUUACGAUUUAAAAAACGGAAGAAAUGAAAUAAAAUCUGAUAUCAUUGAUACACAAUCACUUUGCGAUUCAUACAUUUCGGAUGAAAAAUGUAAACUCAACUCAUGCGUCUCGGAUCAGUCAUAUGUAUGUGACUGUCACAUGUAUGAGUAUGGUUCAUCGUUGACGAAACUUAAAUGCAUUUAUUGCCAUGAGACAGGUUAUUUUUCAUAUUUAUGUAAACACAGUAAGAAAGAAAAGUAAAAUACUAAAACAAUAAAUACAUUUUUUUCAAUUAACUUCGUGGGGUACGAAACAGUUAAUUACGAUUUUUUUUCAAUACUUUUUUUUUCUGUAAUUGAUCAUCAUUCUCAAAAUAGAGCUAUAAAACCGUUCACAAUGGAUUAAAUUGUAGAGUAAAAUUACAUAAAUUUCAAAAUUGAUUUUGGUUUACAACACAGUAUCAUUUCAAAACAAUUAUAUAAUUAACUGUUUGGUCAUAUCAAGUUAGAAAAAAAAGAUAAUUCUCUUUCUGAUUACGUUGGAAAUAACAUUAAACUUAUAUGAGAAAUAUUAGUCCAUUCAGAAUUUUAAAAUAAAAAAUGUAAUCAUUUAUGUAAUUUCGUUAUGUAAUCGACAAUAGUGUCCACUAACAAGUCAAAGCGAUGUAUUAAAUAUAAAAUGGUAUAAUUUGUUUAAUAUUGAAAACGACGAAACUGUCAAUAGCAAAUACAACAAUGUUUUUAAAGAUGAACUAGGCACUUUUAUAAAUACGAAAUAUCAAACCUGAGGCGGUAUCUAAAUUUGCAUAUGCAAAAAAUACAUUAGUUUUAAUUUUAUUUAAGAACCUUUAAUCACCUUUCAUACUAGACUGGUCUAAAAUAAAAAUUGAAACAAGUAGAGACAUAAUUCUUGCUAUAGUACUAAACGCUGUCAAACCAGGGGAUUGAAAUAGUAAUAUUCCUAAUAAUUUAGAACUUAAAUCGCAUAAUUCACUAAAAACACAAAUUUCAGUAGUUCGGAUGCCUAUUAUGCCGAUUUAUUAUGGGGUUACCGUGUUAUAAUACCCGCCAAAUUUCUAAAUAAUAUAUUAAAUAAAUUUUAUUCAUGUCAUAUGGGUUCUUUUAGUAUGAAAAGUUUGGUGAGAUCAUACUUUUGUUGACUAGGAAUGAAUAAGGAAAUUAAAAAAAUCACUCUUAAUUGAGAUAAUUGUCUUAAUUUUAAGCAAAAUUCAUUAAAAUCUGUCAUAUCUCUUUGGAAAUGGCCAGACAAAUCGGGGAACAGGGUGUAUUGAGAUUUUCUUGUAUCAUUUAAAAAUAAAUAUUUUUAUCAUAUUUGACGUGACAGUAAAAUGAUUAGAUACAUUUUCAGUAAAUAAGAUGACUCCGAAAAUUUUCAUAAAAAAAUUUUGAAAAAUGUUAGCAUGAUUUGGCAUUUCAAAAACAAUUAAAUGCAAUUAAUAGGUUUUGAAUUUCUAUUGCAAAAAUCUAGGCACGAGACAUUUAAUAGGCACACAAUUCCACCUGGUAUUGAACGGCUGUGUUGCAUAAGCAGACAAAACAAUUAAAAACUUUUUUAAAAAAUGUUUGAUAGCAUAAUCUCAGUAUAAUAAAUUUCUUUUAAUGUAUCAUAUUACACUAUAUUUUACAACACGAGAAAUACCAGAUCGGCUAAUGAUAGGCCAAUCCACUCGUUUACAAUUCGACACAAUUCCACAAGUGAAAUGGUAAUUGAACGAUAAUUAUCUCAAAUAAAGAAUGCCAGUAAUAUAACAGUAUCAUUUAACGUAGGCGAUUAUGUUUUAGCUAAAGAUUAUAGGGAUAAUAACAAAAAAACAGCAAAAAAGGUAGGUAAAAUUAUUAAGUGUAUCAAUAAUAAUAUGCAUAAUUGAAUGACGGAACUAUUUGGAAACUAUGCCGUUUCCAAUAUAAUGAAGUGAUAGGUAAAUUAUCGACACAUCUAAACAAUUCUAUUUCCCUUACACCUCCUAAUAAAAUAAACUAAAGCUCAGCAAACGUUUAUAGAUCAAAUUCCAAUCACGUAGUCAUAUAAGACACCCAGACUAAUUAGAUCUAGAAAACCUCCUCAGCGAUAUUCUACAAAUGAUUAUAACUAAUUUGUAUAGUUCAAAUAUAAAUAUAUAAUACUCGUAUAUAAGAAAUACUUGCAUACCAAUUAAGUAUUAAAGUAUAUCAUACAAUGUUAUGUAUUUUUUUUUAAGGACAGCGAUGUUGCAUAAUCCGCAUUUUAUAUUGGUUACACUCAUUACACAUUAUUAAAUAUCAUAUUAUUCAUCGAGGAUGGACCAUCGGUCUUUAGUCAGUAAACAAUUUUAUAUUGUACACAUAUGAGGAUUUAGUUUAUAACAAUAAAGGUAUAUAACAUACGUUUGUGUUAAAACACAAAUAAUACAUACAUUAUUUAUACAAAUAGUCCACAAUAAACCCUCUUAAAUUUUGUCCACCUAUAUAGGACCUUAACUCAAUUUACUAUAACAUUAAGGUCUAUAGAUAACAGUUAGGUAAAAAUAUUAUAAUAUAAGUAGUAGGUAACUCUUUUAUAAUAAAUAUAUUUUAUGAAUAUUAAGUAUCAAUAUCAUCUUUAUUAAAAUUAUAUUUAAAAUAAAUCAAAUUUGUGUAUUCAAUUUAAUAUUUAUAAUUAAUAUCUUAAUUUUUUUCAAUAAUUCUCAAAAGGAUGUCUACAAAAACUUUAUGAUGCAUUAAAAGAAAGAAAAAAACUAUUAUCUAAAAUUAUUGAUAAGCAAUCAUCAACGACCUAUAAUAAAAAGAUUAAACGGUGCGAUUCAUGCAUUUCAGCUGAAUCUUGUAAAUCUCCUGAUUCACGGUUGAAGAUCUAUAAUUGCAUUCAUUACCAUGAGAACGGUAAUUUGCCUACUGUCUGUAAAAAAAGUAAAAAGAAAUGUUAAAUACUAAAACAAUUAAUACAUAUUUGUCGAAUAACGAUUUCGAUGAUGAAACAAUUAAUUAAGAAUUUUAUAAUACUUUUUUAUAAUUGAUCGAUAUUCUCAAAAUAACUCUCAAAGGAGCUGUAAAACGGUUCUUAUAAAUUCUUAUAAAAAAAAAAGAAUAGAGAGUAGUAGAACCCUACUUAAGAAUAAUGGCGUCUAGGCCUAAUUUUUUGAUUGGGCCUUUAAAUGAAAUUACAAAUUAAAUUUUUUCCCUAAGCCAGUUCCAUAACUAAAUAACCAAUUAUAAUAUAAAAAGUUUUAAUAUCUAAUUUUUAGAUUCUAAGCAGAGGGAGGAAUAUUUUAGUUUUACAAUGAUAAUUUUUUUUUCUGUAGACAUCUUUUAUUUUAGCAUUUUUGAUCCAAUUCUCAAGUUCAGCACUUUUUCUAUAAGGAAAUCGGAAUUGGCAUAUAAUUAGGGAGCUCAUUUUUUGAUUUUCUCAGAAGUUUUUCUAACAAAUGGGAAAACCCGAAAAAAGCGAAGGAAAAACGAGAAAAUAUACAAAAUUAGGUUUUAGAAAAAAAAUGUUUUAAUAAUGUUGAAUAUAUUUUAUACCAGUAAUUAUCAGCUAAAUCAUAUUUAUUUAAUUUAUGAUUUCUGAAUAUUUUAUUAAACAAGAAGAGGAAUAUGAUAUGGGAGAAUGUGGGGAAUAUGAUACGGAAGAAGGUGGAGAAUAUUAUAUUGUUGAAAAUGAGGAAAACUGUAUAGAAGAAGAAGGAUAUUUUAUGGAAAAAUUUAAUGAACGUAUGGAUAAUACUGAACAUGAAUAUGUAAAAAGAUACAAAAACGAUCAGAAUGUUCAGAAACAAGAAGGUAUAUAAUCUAUUUAAAAUAUUAUUUAUAUUCUAUACAAAUGUACAUUGUUUGGACAUAGGUAGAGUCCUCUUAAGAAUAAUGGGGCCCGAAAUGUAAUUUUUAGUUAUAUAUAUAAUAGCCUCGUUUUCCCUUUGAAACAUUUUUAUACCAGUAAUUAUCAGCUGAAUUGUGUAAAUCUAAUUCAUGUUUUUCUGAAUAUUAUAUUAAAGAAGAAGAGGAAUAUGAUAUGGAAGAAGGUGGAGAAUAUUAUAUUGUUGAAAACGAGGAAAAUUGUAUAGAAGAAGAAGGAUAUUUUAUGGAAGAAUUUAAUGAACGUAUGGAUAAUACUGAACAUAAAUAUGUAAAAAAAUACAAAAAUGAUGAGCAUGUUCAAAAACAAGAAGGUAUACAAUCUAUUUAAAAUAUUAUCUAUAUUCUAUACAAAUGUGCAUUGUUAGGACAUAGGUAGAGCCCUACUUGAGAAUAAUGAUUCUCGGGUAAUUUUUGAAUAGGGCCCUAAAUUAAAUUAUAAAUUGGGUACAAUAAUAAACAAACAUUAUAAAAAAAAAAAAAUAUAUAUAACGCAAAUAUAUUUGACUCUGUAACCUUACCAACAUAUUUAUUAUUUUCUAAAUCACUAAAAAAAAGUGUAUUGUCAUUAGUUUGGAAAAUAAGUUAUUUUGCCCUAGUUUUUUUAAAAAAAGCGAUAAAACGGAUAUUAGAAACUAUAGACUUAUUUCUGAACUUUUUCAGAUUAAGAAACAGCAUGAAAAAAUUGUUCUAAUACCGGUUUUUAAUGUUCUUGAUCGCAGGCAACAUGGAUUUAGAAUAGGCAGCUUCACAAUAAUAUUUAAAUCAUCCUUUAAAAAUUUUAUUUUAGUGUCUUUUAAGGAAAAUAGCCAAAUUGAUGUAAUUUUUACGGAUUCCAAAAAAGCCUUCAACCGUGUGGACCAUGAACUAUUUCUUAUUGCACUUAAACGCGUAGGAUUCGGUAAUCCAUUACUAUCUUGAUUUAAAUCAUAUUUAACUUAUAGAUUUCAAUUCUCUAGAGUAUAAGGUUUCUCUUCUAUUAUAACACCAGUGCAGUCACAUCUGGUACUUCACAGGGAAUACAUCUAUUUUCCCUCCUAUUCCUUAUAUUUAUUAAUGAUAUCAUUUCAAUUCUCAGUAAUUGUCAAUUUCUGUUAUUUACAGAUGAUUUAAAAAUGUAUACCUGUGUUUACUCUAUCGAUGUCUGUAUCACUUUAUAACACGAAUUAAAUAUUUCAUUUGAUUGAUGCCAGAAAUGGGGCACGAGUCUUAAUAUUUAAAAAUUUUACUCUAUGAGAUUUUAUAAUUUUCGAUUUAUUAUAAAUUAUACAAUAUUAUAUUUAUUUUUUUUCAUGGGGCGAUAAGAUUGAUUAGUAAAUGGAUAGUUUCAUAAUAUACACUUUGUGUAUAAUUAAAAUAAUAAUAAUAGGUUUUCACAAGUGAGCUUUAAAAAAUUAACCAAUAAUUUAAAUAAUAGUAAUAACAAAAAAAAUCAAAUUUGAUACUAAUAAUAUUUCUUUCGAUUAUGUAAGACAUAUAAUAGUGUAUAUUUGUGUAUAAUAUCGUAAUUUAAGUUUAUCUACUAAAUGUAUAAAAAUAAAUUUGUUAAUCUACCUGCUUUAGGAUUUGAAAAUGCUGUUGAAAACGUCGUAUUCUAUAAAUUAUCGCGCAAUCUAUUAUUCACUAGGUAUCUAUUGUCGUACUAUUAUUAUUAAUUGACCACUAUAUAUUGAUGGGAUAUUGCAUAUUAUUCGUAAUGUAAUUUUAACCGACAUUUACCACUGAGUCCAGGCCCGUUUUAUUCAUUUAUUUAAUUAUUUGAAUAAAUAUUAUUAUUAUAAUGUAAAAUGUAUAAAAUAAAAUGUAAUUAUUUUACCAUUAUAUGACAUAUUAUAUAUUGUUGACAAAGCAACACUUUCAACCGAACUCCGCUCAGAUUAAUUUUUUCGUUAGCAAUGGAUAAUUGUUGGGUAUACAUAUAAAUAUAUUAAAUUUACCCUCUACUAUCUUCACCUGCUUUUCACCUACAACAAUGGCCCAUCCACGUGCAAAAUAUGUCUGUCUUUUUUGUUAUUAUUUAUUUAAAAAGCUAUAGACUAAAUAAAAAAAUUAAAAAAAUUACACAAGUUUCUUUUACCGUUUUUUGGUAUGUUAUUUUAAUAGUAUUAAUAUCAAUUAUUCAUUUUGUUUUUUUUUUUUUAAGGAAAGAGUAGUUAGGUUAAUGAGUCUCUUGAUUUUUGUUUACCUAUGUAGGUCCUUAAUUCAAUUUACUAUUAACAGCAAGGUUACAAAAUAACAGUUAAAUAUAGUAGGAAACUCUUUUAUAAUAAAUAUAUUUUGUGAAUAUUAAAUAUCAACGUUAUAUUUUUAAAAAUUAUUUUGAAAAUAAAUCAAUUUUGUACUUUAAAUUUCAUAUUUAUAGUAAAUAAAUAAAUAAUUUUAAAUGAUAGAAUAUCAGCAAAAACAUGAAGAUUUAAUAAAAGGAAGAAAUGAUAAAAAAUUCGAAAUUUUUAAAACACGAUACCCAAUGACCGAUAAUAAAAAGAUUAAAUUAUGCGAUUCAUGCGCUUCGGCUGAACCUUGUAAGUCUAUGACAUUUGUUUCCGCUGAAUCAUCAUGGGAAUCUAUAAAUACACUUCAAUGUAAUAUGAAGGCACAUGUUUGCUGUUUUUAUAAAAAUCAUGGACAUUAUGAACACGAAUGCACAGCAUUUAGUACUAUAAAUGGUUCAUCACAUGAUUCACCAAAGAAUGAUAUAAGAUCUGAAGUUAUUGAAUCACGAUUAGUAAUGACCGAUAAUAAAACGAUUAAAUCAUGCGAUUCAUGCGUUCCGAAUAAAACAUGUAAAUUUAAUUCAUGCGUUUCGGCUGAAUCAUGUGAAUCUAAUUCAUGCGUUCCGGCCAAAUCAUGUAAAUCUAAGACACCAAGAUCAAUUGGAUCUAGUAAGCCACCUCAGCGAUAUUCUCGAAGUGAUUAUGAUUAUUUUUUUAUCAUUCAAAUAUAA